AGCCAUUCUGGCUCACGCCACUUGGUUGAAGGCCAUGGCGACUCGAUAUUGCUGCAUUUGAAUCGCAGACCUGCGAGCUUGCCCGGUGAGCAGGCUCACCCAAUACGCGCGCAGGAUGGCCGUGUCCUCCUCGAUCUUGCUUUUGCUGUUCGGAUUAUUUUUGCUGGGCGGUACAACCGAAGAUAGGGGCUCCCUCAAGGCCGAUAUCAAGCGGCUGAAGACGCAGCUAGCCGACAACGCGAGGGAGAUGAGGGACUUGCUGCAGAAGAAUCAGGACCUCGUGAAGAGUAUGAACCCCUAUCAAGAGAGCCCGGAGGUACAGAAGCAGAAGCUCCAAGAUGCGGCCGAGGUCUCGCAGAAGCAGUCGAGUGCCCUGCGGCAAGAGGCCGACCUGCAGCAACGUCUGAGGGAAAAGAAGGCAUUGUUAAAGAAGUUGGCGAACCGUGAGCAAGAGAAGGCCGAGCUCUGAGGUGGUUAUCUUGUCCUCAAAGUUCGCGGAGCACCAGCAGCAACAAGAUGUUGGCCACGGGCGGAAUUCAUAGGCGAACGCUUGAGCCUACCCGCGUUCGUUCUAGCAUCGGAUGCCACAAUAUUCGGGAUGAGCAUGAUAGAGUCUUGGACAUGCUGUCGUGUUGACGAAGCCAGACAGUCUAUCGAGCUGGAUCUGUUGUUGCGGCAUAGUGUCGCCAUGUGGCCAGGCAUGGCAUGGAUAUGGCGAUUUGAGUACAUAAGUGUCUUCGCGUACUUCUUUGUGUGUGCUAGAUGAAUGCAUAUGUUGUUUCGUAUUUUUCCCAACCAUCUUGUGUUGAGUUGUGCACCCUUGACUUUGCCCCCUGUGUGUCCUCAUCACUCUCACCAUCG